AUGGCUAGAUGGGCUUCCCUUGUGAUCUGCUCGUGGCUCAUCGUCUCCGCGAUCUGCCUCAUUGAUCCGGUUGCUGCCGACGAGGACGCGUGCGUCGCGGAGCGCGAAGGCAAGGCGCGAUGCGAGGAUCUCGUGACCAAGGUCAAGGCGGAGCUUGCGGGGGCGAAGGAGCGUGCGGACUCCGCGGAAUUGACGGUGGCGGGUGUACGCGCGGAGGCGAAGGCCGCGGGGGAGAAGACGCGCGCGUGCGAGGCGGAGGCGGGGAAGCUGCGCGCGGACGUGGCGGAGCUGACGAGCAAGGCGCAAGCCGCGGAGAAGAAGGCGGGUGACCAUGGCGGCGAGGUGCGCGCGUUGAAGGAGAAAGUGAAGGCGCUGGAGGCGCAAGUGGCGGACAGCAAGGCGCAGCAGCAGGCUCUGCAGAAACAGAUCUCGUCCAAAGAGGCGCAGGCGAAGCAGGCGGAGCAGCAGGCGGCGACUCUCAAGAGCGAGUUGGAGGCAGCUAAGGGCGAGGUGAAGGCGAGCAAGGAGAAGCUCAAGGGAGUGCAGGAGGAUCUCAAGGUCGCGCAGGCUGAGGCGGUGAAGGUGAAGGCCGUUGGAAAGGACGCGUCGGAGUGCCAGAGCAAGCUCACCCGCUCCAACACCCUUCUCAAAGAGACCACGGACUCGUUGGCGAGGCUGGAGAGGGAGGUGGAGGCGAAGCACGAGCAGCUGCUGCAGGUGUCGAGCAAGUGGCUGCCGCCAUGGCUCGAGGACCACCUGCUCUCCGCCAAGGACUCUGUGGUCUCUGUGUGGACUGACAAGGCUCUUCCAGCUGUUGCUUCUGUACGCGCAGAGCUCGCGCGCAUGGCCACUCAGAUGGGCGGCGCCGUUGGCCCCCAGCUCACUGCUGCGUACCAGGCUGCUAAGGACAGCCUGCACCCGCACCUCACCAGCCUGCAUGCCCAGACUCAGCCGGUAGCACGCAAGGCUGUGGCGGAGGCACGUGUGGCGCUGGCGCCGCUGGCAGCAGUGGUGGGGGAGAAGGGCGGGGAGGUGUACGGGCAGGUGCACUCCCUGCUGUCCCCGCACAUCAACCAGACGUGGACCGCCGUGGAGCCUCAUGUGCAGUCCCUGCAGGUGCUGCUGGGCCCGCACCUGUCAACGGCAAAGGUGGCAGCAGCAGCAGCAGCGAAGCCACUGCAGCCGCACUGGGAGAGGUACAACACGGCAGUGAAGGACAUGGUGGUGGCUGCGGCUGACUUCUUCUCCGAGGAUGCCCUCCCUGACAACACGCUCUGCUGGAUGGUCGUUGCUGCGCACAUUCUUGCGCUGCUCCUCAUGUUCAAGCUCACUUCCACAGCCUCCAGCCUCUUUUCGGCACCCGCUAAGAAGGCCAAGAAGGCUUCUUCCAAGUCCAAUCACCUUCACCGUCACCGUCCAUCUGCAGUCACCUUUCCCACGCUCUCCUGGCCUGCGCGUCGCCUUCCGCCUCACCUCCGCCUCACCUGCGCUACAUCCUUUCCAUUCUCGCCUCCGCUCACCACGCAUCCCCUGACUUGCCUCAUCCCACUUACUUUACUCACCUCGCCGUGCCGCCUCAUCAACUCUCCAAUUCCCUCCUUACCACUCGCUCGUCACCGCUGUUCCCGCAUCACCGUGCAUCACUGCGCAACGCCGUGCUACCCGUCAACCCAAUUACUUGUCCUCCGUCCCACUCUUUGCUCCGGCCGACUCCUCCGUCACAGACGCUCACCCUCUCGCCGCCACUCUCACACCCUCUUGCCCCUUCACUUUUCCUCGCUCGCGCUCUCUCUCCGCAUCGUGCGGCUGCACCCAUUCCCUCUACUCUCAGCAGAGCGAGCUCCUUUUGAGACGUCUCAAAAGCUCCCGACCCCAACAAUCAUGGACUUGCGAACCUUUUCACCCACAUCCAUCUCACUGUCAGACCCGCUCAUUGGCGCAAGCUUGUCCAUGGCGGCACACGGGGCACAUGGCGACCCGCUUUCGCUCCCUGUUACCACCGCACGCCUCUCCGCUUCCUCCGCCUCCUCCCCUUCCGCCGGUCCCUCUGUUCCCCCCCCCGCGGACCGUUUCCUCCGCUCUCCCGCUGUUGGUCUAACUUCCCCUUUCCGCAGCUCCCGCUCUCUUCCGCGCGCUUCCGCGCGUGGCUUGUGUAUACACCCGCUCUCCGCCUCUCCCCUCACCCCGCGGGGAAGAGGAGGCGGGCGGAAGGGGGAGAGGGCGGGUGCGGUGAGAGUGCGCGCGGGGAGGAGUGAGACGGAGGAGGCGCAGGGUGGUGCGGGGGCUAUGCCGACUCAAAGCGUGCGCGAUUUGCAACGGGUGUGUGCUCCAUGUGUCUUCGCCGUUUUUUCCCUCCUUCCACCUUCUCUCCUGACCGCCGUUUCCACCCUCUUGACUGUCGUGUCUUCCCUCCUCUCUUCGCCGCCUUCUUCCCUCCUCUCUUCGCCGCCUUCUUCCCUCCUCUCUUCGCCGCCUUCUUCCCUCCUCUCUUCGCCCCUCUCUUCCCUCAUUUCUUCGCCCUUCGUCCUCCCUCUCUUCUUCCCUCUUUUUCCCCCUCUCUUCUCUCCCUCACUUCCCCACUCUCUUCCCCACUCUUUCCCUCUAUCCCCCCUCACUUUCCUCGUCCCUCCAUCUCGUCCCUCCUCUUUUCCCCCUUCAACCCUCUCUGCCCCUCUUCUCCUCGUCUUUUCCCCUUUCUUUCCUUCUCUUUCCCCCUCAUUUCCCUCUCUUAUUCCCCCUGUUCCCCCUCUCUCUCCCCCUCUCUUCCCCCCUGUUGUUUGUCCCGCUCGUUCUCCCUCUCGUUUCCCCUCUCCUCACCCUCUCUUCCCGCCUCUCUUUUCCUCUCCUCUUCCUUGUCCCGCCCGCUUCCUUUUUUUUAGUACCGCAAUUUCCAAUUUCUUCCGUGUUCCACUGCUCGUUCUCUCUCGCCACCAUCCCAUCCCGUCCCUUCCGUCGCUCUCACUCGUUCGAGCUUCAACCAUCACGAGCUUUAAACGGGACCCGUACCAGUCAUCCAGUCCUUCAGAGCGAGUCAACACCUUCGUUCGAUUCUUAUACGGCACAGCGACUUAUGCUGGACUAGCAACAGCGGCCGUUGCUGGAGCACAGCUGGCGGGUCUCGAUUGGUCUGGAGGCUUCCAGCUGUCACUACAAGGAGUGUUAGACGGUUUCGCCUUCUCUGCUCCAGCCAUCGCCCUUGUUCUCGCACUCUUCCAGGAUCGAGUGGCGGAGCGCUGGGAGGUGGUGCGGGCCAUACGAGACGCAGACGACGAGGAAGCAGAGGAGUUUUUUCAGGGCAUGGCGGCAUGGCAAUGCAUGGUGGUGGCUGUCUCGGCUGCGCUAGCCGAAGAGCUAUUUUUCCGCGCUGCCCUGCAGGCCUUCCUUUCUCGCGCUCUCCUGCUCUCCGGCGCGCCCUCCCUUGACGCUCCCGUCGUUGGCAUGGCGGCUCUGACGGGGAUUUGGCCAUGCAUGGCGCCCGGCACGCAGUUCUGUGCCGCCACGCUCACAGCCGCCCUCGCCGGCACAAUCCACUACGCCAUGGCGCUUCCCAGAGAUGCUGUUAUUGUUGUCACCCAGUCAUACAGCCUCGGGGAGCUGCGUUCUGCAAUGAGAGCAUGGCAUGAGCGGCAGGAGCACCAGAAGAUCUAUCCCCCCAUGUUUGCGUCUUUUCUGAGCCUCUACUACGGCGUUGAGUGGAUCAUGACUGGCAAUCUUGUUGCGCCCAUACUAACUCACGCCGUCCUGAACCUCAUUAUUCUGCACAUGAGUCUAGUGCGUGUGGGUGAAAACCGCAGGCCCCCAGUGGCCCCAACACACCCACCGCAGCCACCGCAAUCACCUCUGCCUGCCCAGCCGACUCAGCCGACCCAGUCUGCAAACAAGACGCUCUGA